CUCUCGAUGACUCCUUCUGUAAUGAUCAGCUACUCUGGUCUAGGGGCGAGGAGAAAAGUCAGUCGCUAGCCUUGUGUAGGGUGUGUGAGGGACAUGAAAAAUGCCUUUCUCCCGUCGGAGACAACAGCCCCGUGAUCUCAUGAAUAUAUUCUAGCUGGCGGGCCAUUGUGCAAUAGUCAGGGAGGUAUGCAAUCCAGUUUCUUGGGCAAAAACGGCUGCUCGGAGCAAGGACCAACUACUACACAGCGAUUCUUCUCACUUUUGUGCAUGCUUACAUUCCGAGUAGUGACGACGCCGGACAAGCAGUGAUACGGAUCUUUUGAGGCACAUUCGACGAGGCUGCCAGCUACAGUUUUAAAGGGGAAACGAUUCGCCACAUCCAGACAUGGGAGCGAACGUUACAACUUGAAGACAGACAAGACACACUGUUGCGGAUAUAAGGAAAAAUAACGAACAUAGCCUACUUUUAUUGUCACCGACCAAUACUUCUUGGAACUAUCUACCAGCUGAAUAAUACAGAAUCAAAUAAAGAAUUCCAACCACGGGUAGUUGGAGUCAAAGGCUGCCUGUCAGGGUCUUGUUGACCUCCCCGUUCCUCCGAUGAACCCCCUCAACUCCAUGAAACCCGGUCUGCCUCCCACUCCGCACAGUGACGGUAACUUCCUGUAUGACUCUGCCUCCUGGCAACAAGGCACCAAUCAGCAGCCAGGCGCCCUCUCUGUGGUAACCACUGUCUGGGGCGUGACCAAUCCCUCGCACAGCCAGGUGUUUGGCGCGCCCAUGGGUCCGGGCGGGAACUCUGGAGGUCACAUGAUGCAGGGUAGCGGUGGCGGUGGGGGGAUGAGUCCCGGUGUGAACCACCAGUACCAGAGCUAUGGAGAUAAGGGCUACGGACAACCAGGUCUCUACGGACGCCCCAACACCGCCUAUAACCAAGCACCACCAUAUGGACAGAGUUACUCUAAUAAUGGUGGUGGUGGAGGGGGAAUGGGCCAACGCCCCCCCUCUGACUUCACCCAGGCUGCCGCCGCUGCUGUUGCCGCCGCCGCUGCCACUGCAACCGCCACUGCCACGGCAACAGUUGCCGCCAUCCAGGAGAAGCAGAACCAGGAAAUGAACUACGGCCAGAUGGGCGGAGGACCCUCCUCCUACAGUACCCAGUUCCUGUCCCACCCGGGCCCCCAGCAGGGUGGGCCCCGGGGCCCCCCGGGGAUGAGCCCCAGUGGGAUGGUCCAGUCCCGGCCUGGACAGCACCCCUCAAUGGGGGGCAUGGGGUACCCCUCGCACCCCUCCCAGGGUCAGGGCCAGAGGAUGUCCCAGCAGCACCAAGGCUACCCAGCAGGUCAACAACAGGGGCUCAAACGCCCCUACCAAUCUGAGGGUUUCCCAGGGCAGCAACAGUAUGGUUCAGGGGGCAUGUCUCCGUACCAUGGUGGCCAGCCCCUCCAGUACCCCCCCGGACCCCAGCAGCGCCCGCCCCAGUCCCCAUCAUACCACCCCAACCAGCGCAUGCCCCCCAUGGCACAGUACCAGCAAGGACCACCCAACCCGGCACAGUACUACAAGGAGCAGCAGUACAAUGGGCAGCAGGGUAACAUGCCACCAGGAGGCUACAAUGCCUUCACACAGGCUGCUGUCAAUGCGCAGGGUGGCCGAGUGAUGCCGGGGUACCCCAGUUCUCCUUUGGGGGGUAACCCAACCCCUCCCAUGACUCCAGGCAGCAUGCCCCCCUACCUGUCACCCGGUGGGCCUGGACCGGACACCAAGCCCCCCUACCUCCCCCAAGGCCCUGACAUCAAGCCCCCCUACCUCCCCCAAGGCCCUGACAUCAAGCCCAACAUCAACUCCCUACAGCCCCCUUUAGGUAACCCUAGCGACGACCUGCGGCUGACCUUCCCGGUGCGCGACGGCGUGGUGCUGGAGCCGUUCCGAUUGGAGCACAACCUGGCAGUCAGCAACCAUGCCUUCCAGCUGCGAGACUCUGUCUACAAAACCCUCAUGAUGAGGCCUGACCUGGAGCUGCAGUUUAAGUGUUAUCACCAUGAGGACCGGCAGAUGAACACUAACUGGCCCGCUUCCGUACAGGUUUCUGGUCCUUGCUUACAGGUGAGUGUGAACGCCACACCGCUCACCAUCGAGAGGGGCGACAACAAGACGUCCCACAAGCCCCUCUACCUCAAGCAGGUGUGUCAGCCGGGACGCAACACCAUCCAGAUCACCGUCACCGCUUGCUGCUGCUCCCACCUGUUUGUGUUGCAGCUGGUCCACAGGCCAUCAGUACGCUCAGUUCUGCAAGGUUUAAUGAAGAAGAGAUUACUGCCCGCAGAGCACUGUGUGUCUAAGAUUAAGAGGAACUUCAAUAGUGGGACCAUCCCUGGAACCACAGGGCUGAACGGAGAGGAUGGUGUGGAGCAGACAGCCAUCAAAGUCUCUCUGAAAUGUCCCAUCACCUUCAGACGCAUCCAGCUGCCCGCACGGGGACACGACUGUAGACAUAUCCAGUGUUUUGACCUGGAGUCGUACCUGCAGUUGAACUGUGAGAGAGGGACCUGGAGAUGCCCUGUGUGCAAUAAGAGCGCUCUACUGGAGGGACUAGAAGUGGACCAGUACAUUCUGGGGAUUCUAAUUUACAUACAGAACUCGGACUAUGAGGAGAUCACCAUUGACCCAGUGUGUGGCUGGAGGCCGGUGCCCAUUAAACCAGACAUCCACAUAAAGGAGGAAGCAGACGGGCCUGUGUUGAAGCGCUGCCGGACGGUCAGCCCCAGUCACAUGAUGAUGCCCAAUGUCAUGGAGAUGAUUGCUGCCCUGGGACCGGCCUCCUCGCCCUACCAGGGUCUACCACCUGGGGGCAGGAACACACCUGACUACAACAGCCAAGCAGGUCAAGGAUACUCCAGCCAGUCAGGCUUCUCUGAGUUUCCCAACACCCCUGGAACUCCAACCCUGAGAGACUUCACCUCCCCUGGACCACCUAACAUCUACCAGCAGGACCAGAUGUCCCACUCUGGCCGUAUGGACCCUUCCCAUAAUGCCCUGCAGCAACAACAGCAGCAGCACCAGCAGGGUGUCCACGGUAACCAGAGUAUCGGAGGCGGCGUUGGCGGACAGAUGCAGCAGCGGAACUCCAAUACCCAGAAUGCCCGGCUGCAGACGGAGGGUUCGUUCGGCCUGGGUGGAGCGGGAGGAGGAGAGGGAGCGGAUCACACCCUGGACCUUCUCCCUGAGCUGACCAAUCCAGAUGAGCUGUUGUCCUACCUAGGUCCUCCAGAUCUACCUAGCAACAGCAACGAUGACCUGCUCUCUCUGUUCGAGAACAACUGAAGACUCACUUUCUUCCUCGUUUAGGGACAGCUUCAUCCUAUUGAGAGGGGGGAGGGGACGGGACAGAGGGAUUCAUGUUUUUAUACCCCAUGCCUGCCCAUCCCUACCCUCUGUGGACCAGACCAACAGGAAGGUGCAGAGGGUAGUGAGAGACAGACAUGACUUUCUCUGUCUGGAAACUCUGUCAAGACUAGUGUUUUUAGACUCAUUAUAAAGCAUCCCUUUGCACUCUGGAUCCAUCAAAUAAAUGAAAAACGAAUAAUCCAGUGAAAAUGGGACUGCCUGCACUGGCCAGCCACUAUAACUGUAAUGUUCUUAAAAAAUCACAAGCUGAAGGAUUUUCAACUUUUUAAAGGACCUUUUUAGAAACCAGAAAAAUUAAGUGUUAUGUUGACUUUCCAUUGUGUAUUUAUGAUUGUGGAACUUGUCAAUAAACGAGAAACAGACA